CCCCCUCUCAGUGUCAGUUAGUCGGUCGAUUCACCUGAGUGGGACAACAAAGCAGGACUAAACACUGCUCCAGGAAAUGUACCUAUCUAGUUAAAUGAAGGCUCCCAUCUAGACUCUUUGCAGAUUCGCUCACAAUGACCGAAGUGUUUUUUAAAUCUGCGUUAUCUGUGAGAGAGUCCUUUGUGCUGGAUGACACCAGUCUGGCUCUGCCGGCCCAGCCGACCCCAACAUCGUCGACUUGGGAGAAGUCGAACGACCGGAGCCUCCGGGUCCAGCAGCAGGUUCAGCUCACCUUGGCUCGGAAGGCGAAAAAGAGUGUGUCAAAUGGAAGUGUCCGUUUACAGAAAAACACAACAAAGAGCUUUGAUGCUCCUGAUGGACCUUUACCCAACAUGAAGGUUAAUGGAUUAGCACUUUCAACCAACCAUGUGUGGAGACCCCCCAGGAGAGUGGAAGUGUCUCCACCUCCGAGCCCAGAGACACCACGCAGCCGCCUCACUUACAGCACCCAUCGCUAUGCCACGUACAGCCAUCCAGGACCCGUACAGUUCCACAGGGGGGGCAUCCUGAGGGACUACACUUCUGACUCAUUUCAGCGCUACGCCGUCUCAGAGGCUCCGUGUAUAAGGCGGCCGCUGGCGUCCACGUCUACUCUUGGGAGCUUCCACGGGAGGUCACUCAGACAGCCUGUGUUUGCAAACGCAGCGUUUCAGCAGAGUGGAGACUACGGCCCUCCCUGGGGUCACACCCAAAGUAAUGUUAAACAGGAAAAAGAAUCGGUGCAGGGACAGAGUGGGAAUAUGAUGCUGGUCGACAAGCAGCCUGACGAGGGCUUCUCCUGGCUGGCUCGGGUCAGGAGGAGUGGUCAGAGGCCCCACAGACUGAACUCUUACCCCCCAUCAGUCACCAGCAUGGAGGUAGACAUGGGAAGACAGAUGGAUGUGGCGCCUCCCGUUCAGCAGAUUCAAGCACAGAACAUCAUGACCCUGAAGUCAGAGAACAAGCUUCCAGAGAUGACAAUAGAGAGGGCCAUGAAACUCAUGGAGGAGAAAAACGAGGAAACCCUAAUCUGCGCAGCUGGUUACAUACAGAAUCAAUGUUUCAGGAGUGCAGAAGCAAAGAAGAUGGUGUUUUAUCUCCAUGGGAUCGGAAAGCUCCUACAGCUCGUCCGCAGUGAGGAUGAGGAGGUACAGUGUGUCGGUGCCGGGGCACUGCGUAAUGUUGUUUACCAGAGCGCUGAGAACAAGAUGGAGGUGAAGGACAACAACGGCCUGGCCACCAUUUUACGAGCGCUAAAGAGCAGUCGUGAUGUUGAGACCAGACAAGAACUUACAGGUCUGCUGUGGAACCUGUCCUCUCAUGACCUUUUGAAGGAGUGCCUCUCCAGGGAGGCAUUAUCCAUCCUCACGCAGUCCGUCCUCGUGCCCAGUUCCGGCAUCUCUGAAGGCGAGAACCCAAAAGACGAGCUCCUGGCUGACCACGGGGUUUUCCACAACGCUACCGGCUGUCUGCGAAAUCUGAGCUCUGCUGGCCCUGACGGCAGGAAGGCCAUGAGGGACUGUGAGAAUCUGAUCGACUCCCUGGUCUACUACAUCCGGGGAGCCAUCGCUGACCAUAAGACGGACGACAAGUCCACGGAGAACUGCGUCUGCAUUUUGCACAACCUGUCCUAUCAGAUGGAGGCGGAGCUUCCUAAGAAGUACACCAGAGAACUCGGAGAAUCUCGACAAAACUUGGCUCCCAAGCCAAAGCCAGUCGGCUGCUUCGCUUACCGCAGUGCCAGGAUUCCAGAGCAUCUGGAGCGACAGAGCCCCCUGCUGGAAGAGAAGGCAAACCCCAGUGGCAUAGAGUGGCUGUGGAGCACCAUCACCAUCAGGAUGUACCUGUCACUCAUCGCCCGCAGUGUGCGUCACCAAACACAGCAGGCGGCCAUCGGAGCGCUGCAGAACAUCACAGCAGGGAGCGGCGCGGUAGCUGAAGCCAUCACUUUCACUGUUGUUCAGAGGGAAAAUGGCCUUCAACACGUCAAUAAGAUUUUAGAGGAAGGCGAGAGAGAUGUGAAGAGGACGGCCGUAUCUUUAAUAAAAAACCUCUCACGCUACCAGGAGCUGCAUCCUGAAAUCGUGAAUCAAGUGUUGCCCGAGGUGGUGCGCAUGCUGCCCCAUGACGACACGGGCACCGACCUGCCCACAGAGCUAACAGCGUCCCUGUUGCACAUCCUGAUGAACCUGAGUCAGAGCGAGCCGCAGCAUGUGAGAGCCAUCGUCAAUCAGGGAGCCCUCCCAAGGAUCAUUAACAUCAGCAGCAAGGACAAUGGUUUUGGACCAACCAGAGCGGGACAGGCAGCAUGUGUCCUGCUGCACACCAUGUGGAGACACAGUGACCUCCAUGGGGCCUACAAGAAGUGUGGCUACAGGAAAACUGACUUCAUCAAUCAAAGGACGACUAAGGCUGUGAACUCCGGACGAGACUGAGGAUCAGAUUCAUGAAUACAAAGUCCACUUGUUCCUGUAGACACCAUCAGAACCAGACUGAGAAUCAGAUCAAUGAAUACAAAGUCCACUUGUUCCUGUAGACACCAUCAGAACCAGACUGAGGAUCAGAUCAAUGAAUACAAAGUCCACUUGUUCUUGUAGACACCAUCAGAACCUGCAGGACUGAAGAACUACUGUAAUGGACUGUGUAUGUAUCAAUGAAGCCUUAAGAGGACAUGCUCUCAUAUAUUUCAGUCUGUUUGCACUUUCCCCAGCAGUAAGGAAGUCAGCAUCAAGGAUAAGACUGUGAUGUCAGCAACAUAUGAAAGUAGAUUGUCUGCUGAAAUACACGUACACAUAUCAGCUGGCGUCUUUGUCUCAACCUUAAAAAUUUGAUUUCAUACCGUGACAAGGCUCUUCGAUGGAAAAUACGGCACUAAUAAAACCUCAAGAAAACAGCUAAGCUACUGAAACACGAGCCCUUACUGCCCAACUCAGAUCUUUAGAAUGCUGAAUCUCCUGACUGCACAACAAAUUGACCUUUUCUGUUACUAAUAAGAAACCUUGAACCUCUAACCCUGAACCUUUAACGAGUUUGUUUCAGCUGUUUUUCUCGAGAUCUCUGCUUGAUUUUCUCAUCAUCUAGGAAUAACAAAGCUGCUUUUCUCAUGAUAAUGGGCUCCUGUUAUCACAAGAAAACAAGCUUUGUUAUCUUGACAUAAAUUAACCCAAUUUAAUGGGAAACAUUUCAUGAGAAACUGAAAAAUAAGGAAAGAUUUAGAGAAAACAAUGAGCUAUGUAUGUUAACGUGUCUGCUUCAGGCUUCCAUAGAUUUUCUGCUGAGUUAUAUAUUUCCCUAAAUGCUGCAUGACAUUGUGAACACUGCCUACAUUACUCACAAAGGUCACAUAAGAUGGCUUUUAAAAUCUGUACAUAAAAAAGUCAUGUUUUUGUAGCUGUUAGUCAAAGGAAAGACACGUCAGAUUUUGAUUAGAUGACACGACGAAAAUUUAAAGAAAACAUACCAAACAAGAGAAACAAUAUUGAGCAUCACAUUUUGAAUUUCAUGGGUCCUCUAAAGCACUUUUUCAGUUUUGUUUACGUCAAAUAUAUGUAGUCUCAGUGAAAAGAUAUUGAAGUGUAGAGGCAGCUUAACAGUUUGUAGUACUUUUCUGUGUGUUUGGUUGUUGUGCACCAGUAGUCGCAUGAGGAACCACAAAAUGUUCAUAUAUUAAACAGUUUCAGAAUUGUUUGGAGAAAGUGCUUGAAAUAGAAUCAUUUCCUGUUGUGACUCCCUAAAAAAAAACAAGCUGAUCUCCUGCUUUCUGCCUUCAAUGUGUUUUAAUCAUCACAUUCAUUGUUUGGAAUUAAAUAUCUUCUAAUGAUGUUUUUAGAAGCUUACUUUUGUGAAUUACUUCUGAGAACGCAGGAAAAAUAAAUCUUUAAUAAAUAAAUGCAGUUA